CAUUCAGAUUGUUCGAGCUAAGCUGCAGGCAGUGAGGGACCAGAACGCCAAGAGCCCACACCUGCCAGGUGUUUCGAAGACCAGAUCUGAGGAUUCGAUGCAGCGAGCUGUGACAACUGGGGACUGCAGCCUGGAAGAGGGUAAAAAGAAAAUGCAAGACCACCAUGCUGCAUCGGGAUCUCUGAAAGAACGUGAGGAAGACGGUUUCCAAAGGCAGGUGAAGAAAGUAUGCGUCCUUGAUGAAAUCAGUGGACAGAGAACUAUGGACACUGAAGGGAAGGUGGACAUGAAUGGAUGUGAGCUGGUGGGAAAGCAGCAGCUGUUGGCAGCAAAGGAGGAGGCAAAAUUGGCUGAAGAGGAGACAAGAUGGUACAAGAUAAGACUUGAAGAAUGUCACGGGCAAAUGCGGGAAGCAGAGAUCACUUGGAGACACCAGGUCACUCUUGCCGAGAAGAAGGCCCAAGACAGCUCGCUCAGGGCUCAGGAGCUGGAGAGGGAAAUCUCUGAAUUGAGAAGGGAAAACUCUGACCUGAGAAGGGAAAACUCUGACCUGAGAAGGGAAAACUCCUCUGAGCUGAGAAGGGAAGUUGCCCACCUGAAACAGAGAUUGGAUGCAAUCUGCAGAUGGAGGCGGGCAGAGGAAUACAUGAGGCAGGAGCCCACCCCAGGAGGACCGUACAGGCUGCACCCUCCCCUGAGAGCUUCAGGGCUGGGUGGCACCCCUGUUAGGAAUGGCACCGCCUUUCCGGCUCAGGAGGCAGAGGAAACCAAAGUCACCCCGUGGGCCGGAGGGCCCCAAACUUUCCGAGGACCGACCAGCCCGCGUGGCCUGCCCCGUGAGCGGCCCGUCGUCGCCCAGCUGGGCACCUGCACCUGGUCCCCCUUGGACUGCGGGAUGCCCAGCUCCUCAGAGCUCAUUGCGCCCAGGGGCAGCUCCUGCAUGGCAGAGGAGGGCCCUUUGUGA